GGAGGCCGCGUGCCAGACCGGGGGAGGGGACCGCAGAAGCUUUCAGUGUCGUUUUGCUUAUUUCUGGACGAGAACAUUUCCUCAGCCAUACAGCCUCUUCCCUAGCUCUGGGCAACCUACUCCAGAAAUAUGCCUUUAAAAGAAAAAAAAGGGGACUUCCCUGGUGGUCCAGUGGUAGAGAAUCCGCCUUACAAUGCAGGGGGCGUGGGUUCGAUCCCUGGUCAGGGAACUAAGAUCCCACCUGCUGCGGGGCAACUAAGCCCGCACGCCACAACUGGAGAGCCUUCGUGCCGCAAAGUGCAAAGCCCACGCCCUGGAGCCUGGGCACCACAACGAGAAAGACGCCCGUGGCCGCAACGAAAGAUUCUGCAUGCCGCAACUAAGACCCGAUGCAGCCAAAAACAAAUUAAGAAAGAAAAAAGAUCCUAGUCGGUGAGGAAAAUGGAUUGGAAAAGAGAAAGCAGUGGGAGAGUGUGUAGGAAAGCGUUGCAGAAGCCCGGGAAGAGGGGAACCCUGUGGAGUGAGCAUGCUGGCGACCGGAGAGACAGAAUUCAGGUACGGAUGUUGCAGACCUUGAGGGGCCAGCUGAGCGAAGUGUAGGAGAAAGAGCCAGGCCACAGAAGAGACUUGAAACAAUCAGCGUGUACACAGCCGCCAGAGCCACGUGCGGGGACGAGACCGCGUGGAAGGCGUGGAGUGGAAGGGGGGCCCACGACACCCAGAGGGAUGCCGUCACCUAAGGUCACCUUCUAAGAAUCAGGCGUCGGUGGAAGAAGCUCAAGAGACCGUGAGGCCUGAGUGGUGAACAUCGUCAUCAUGUCCACAGGAGUCCUGGAAGAUGCCCGGAGGGAGAGGUGGAGAGAAAGAUGUGGGCCCGGAAUCUCGAUGAGGAAGGAGCUCGCAGAAGCCAGCGCCAUGGAGACGAGGCCCCAGGAGGGCAGGAAGGGGCCCCCGCCCAGGGACGUGCCCCCGGUGGUGGGACUGCUGCUCUCCAUGGCCCUCAUGAACGCCCUCCUCUACCUCUGCCUCGACCGGCUCUUCAUCUCGCCCCGGCGCGCCACGGAGGACCCCACGCGCUGUCCCCACGGCCACUUCAGGAUGGGGCCGAUGAGCAACUGCUCCCCGUGGCUGUCCUGCAAGCAGCUGAGGACAGAAGUGAGGCAGAUGAAGCGUGUCGGGGAAGGAGCCGUGAAGAGAGUGUUUCUGUCCGAGUGGAAGGAACGCAAGGUGGCUCUGUCGCGGCUCACCAGGCUGGAGGUAAGAGACGACUUCCUGCACGGACUGCGGAUGCUGAGGUCGUUGCAGAGUGAGCACGUGGUCACGCUGCUGGGCUACUGUGAGGAUGACAACAGCAUCCUCACCGAGUACCACCCCUUAGGCUCCCUGAGCGGCCUGGAGGCGACGCUGAACCUCUCCAAGUACCGGAGCACGAACACAUGGCAGCACAGGCUGCAGCUGGCCCUGGGCUACGUGGCCAUCAUCGACUUCCUGCACCGCAGCCCCCUGGGCACGCUGGUCAUGUGCGACUCCAGCGACCUGCCCAAGACGCUGUCCCAGUACCUGCUGACCACCAACUUCAGCAUCGUGCUCAACGACCUGGACGCCCUGCCCCUGGUGAACCGCAGCACCGGGGCCCUGGUGAAGUGCGGCCACCGGGAGCUUCGCGGGGACUUCGUGGCCCCAGAGCAGCUGUGGCCCUACGGAGAGGACGUGCCUUUUCACGACGACCUCAUGCCCGCGUAUGACGAGAAGAUCGACAUCUGGAAGAUUCCAGACGUCUCCAGUUUCCUUCUGGGGCACGUAGAAGGGAGCGACAUGGUCCGAUUCCACUUGUUUGAUAUUCACAAGGCGUGUAAGAGCCAGACGCCUGCGGAGAGACCCACCGCUCAGGACGUCCUGGACACUUACCAGAAGGUUUUGAAUCUACUCAGAGACACCGCGACGUCUCAGACAAGAGAGAUGCUGUAAAGACCAGUGCAGUCGGUGAGGUGCGGGAGUCAAGGAUCGGAUGGAAGAGUUACAGUGGUUCCGCUCUGACGGGGAGGUUUCUGCUGUUGCCCCGUGGUUCUUCCUCUCCAUCCGCGUGCACAAGUGAGCGGCGCCCUAUCCUGGCCGCCUGGCAGGAGUUACUAAGCCAGAGCAAACCGGGCUUGAUGGGAGCCUGGCUUCAGGCGAAGGUGCAGAGAAGCAGCGAGUCUGGCCGGUAUCUGGAGGAAGUAACCAAAAUGGAGCUACAAAGAGGCUUCCCUAACACCUAAAUGUGUAAGCUUGUAAGAAAUGUGUGUAGAGAGGUUUUUAAAUUGCAGUGUAUGGAAGAAACAAGCUGUAGUACUUGCUUUUUUAGGUGAGUAUUUGCGGUGUAUUUCACUGGUACUGACGAGGCAUCUCUACCAUUUCAAAUGAUUGCUCUGUGAAACUCCUGUGCCAUUCCCUUCCCAGCGAGCUUGCAUGCUCUUUGAAAUUUUGAAUGGAUAAGGAACAUUUAAAAUAUCAAGUAUGAUGGAGAUUAUAUCUGUGUUACUGCCUUGGAUGGUGCUUGUGAAAUUCCUAUUUACCUUCCAGCUGGAUUUUCUGUGUCCAAAAUUAAUUAUUGUGAACAUUUUAUAUCAACAGUAUCUGUCACUCAUUACCAGAAGGCGUCAAGCCCUUGCACUUGCCUCACAUGAUUGAAUCCUUCAAAUAGCUCUUUCCUUGGUCACUGUCAUCCUCGCUUGCAGGGGAUGAUGGAUUUGGUGCAUAGCCAUCAUCACCAGUAAGGGGGUUAAAGCUGGCACUGAGGGGCAAAGACGCCGUGCAGCCGACUGCCUGCCCCUGGCUUGCACAGGCCUCACAGUCACGGGAGUCACAGGGAGCUGGGCCCCGACCCACAGGCUCUGACUCAGUCUGUCUGGGUGGAGUCCGAGACUUCGCAUUUCUCACUGGCUUCCAGGUGAUGCUGGUGCUGCCAGUCUGGGGACCACAUUUCGAGAACCACUGUCCUUAACUGUCAGGGAGGGCAGCCCAGGCAGUAGGAUAGGGAGUAUUGUCAGUAUUAUCCCUGUUCUACUGCCUGUGGUUGAUCGGGCCCUGUGGGUCCUAUGGUUGGUCAGAGAAUACGCUUGCCCAGAGUAUAUUAACUGCUGCUUUUUGUUAUAAAAAUGCUGCCAGAACCCACUAGGACGGCUGUAAUCAGAAGGAUGGACAAUUACAAGUGUUGGUGAGGAUGUAGAGAACUGGAGCCAUCGUACACUGCUGGUGGGAAUGCCAAGUGUUCCAGCUGCCUUGGGAAACAGCCUGGCAGUUCCUCAAAAAGUUAAAAAUAGAGUUACCAUGACCCAACCGUUCCACUCCCCAGUAUUCACCUGAGAUAAUUGAAAACAUGGCCAUAAAAGAACUUGUACAUGAAUGUUCAUAGCAGCAUUAUUCAUGAUAGACGAAAGAUGAAAAUAACCCAGAUGUCCAUCCACUGGUGAAUAGAUAAAGAAAACAAAGAAAAUGUGGUCCAUCCAUUCAAUGAAGUGUCGUUCAGCCAUAAAAAGGAAGGAAGUACUGAUACAUGCUCCGACAUGGAUGAAUAUGCUAAGUGAAAGAAGCUGUCACAAAAGACCACAUUUGUAUGAUUCCAUUUAUAUGAAAUGUCCAGAAUCGACAAACCCAUAGACACAGAAAGUAAAUUAGUAGUUUCUAGAGGCUGGCAGGGGCUUGGGGCUGAAGAAUGGGGAGUGCUUGCUAAUGGGUACAGGGUUUCUUUGGGAGUGAUGAAAAUGUCCAGAAAUUAUGCAGUGGUGAUGGUUGCACAACUCUGAAUAUACUAAGUAACACUGAAUUGUACAAAAA